UAACACAUCUGCCUCUCCAACAAUAUAAAACCCACACACUCGGAUCGAUAAUAUUAUCCCAUUGAAAACGCAGAGACAUAAAACUCUAUAGAAACCGGCAACAUGAUCUAUCUACAGAGCUGCUGCUGCUGCGUGGAUCUGCGCAUCGGUACCAUUGUGAUUGGAGUUCUGCAUAUCAUAGCGGAUAUUCUUGGAGGUACUUUUAUUGCCCUAUUUGGGGAGUCUGGCAUUCCCGAUUUGGGCCAUACUCUGUUCAUUAUAUUCAUGAUGCUGCACAUACUCAGCUGUGUAUUCCUGAUCAUCGGAUGCUUUCGGUUAAAAAGCAGCUGGAUGCUAUUUUAUAUAAUAAUGACUAUGAUCAAAAUUCUUGCCAUGAUUAUACUGAUAAUAUCCGACGUUAUACUCGUCAUUUGGUACUGGGUGUUGGUCACAUAUGCCCUAAUGUUCUUUUUAUGCCUAUAUUUCUGGCUGGUGGCCUACUCCUUUUACGCCGCCCUUGGGGGAGCGCUGUUUAUCUAAUCUCUCAGAUACCAAGUAUUGUAUUAAAUUGUACGGUGCGAGUAACAAUAAAAUCUUUGGCUUUUUAACAA